AUGUCCGUCGCGGUCGGAGUACAGGACAAUUGCCUAUUGCGGUCCCGGAGUUAUCUUGCCUCUGUGGCUGAGGCUUACCAGUUUCCAAAAGGACAUCCGGACAUCAAAGACCCAAUUGCAGUGCAAGUUGAGCCCCUGUUCGUGUUUGGGCACUCCAAUCCUUGUUUCCUUUCCAAGUCGGGUCAUCUGAAGCUGCAACAACUCUGCUCUACCAUAUCAAGCACCAAACUCUUCUUCCGCAGCAAGAGCGACGAGUCACUCAAUACCAUCACCAGCUUCAACCCCCAGUGCAGCAUUGGCACCUCUCAGGAGAUCACAGAGGCUGUGUAUAAUGGUCCCGUCCCGCCAUACCUGUGUCUUGGGUCACGCUCUCCUGGCUGA